AUGAGGCUGAUGGAAGGACUAUGUGGAGCGCCCUGUGAUCAGGCUCCUACGCCUCCGUCAAGCUUCUCCAGGAUACUGGGAAUCUGGAUCCCGAACAAUGCGUUCCUGAUCUGGCAGCCUGUCAUAAUUCGGACGUCAGGGAGACAUUAUUCAAGAACUGGCCGAAAGGCGAAGAAAUUAUGGGCUGUUGCAAUGACCCAUUUACCCCGGGAGACGAUUUUACCGCUCAAAGUUCGACCAGAUACUCUGUUGGGGUACAAGGCCGCCCAGGUUCAUGGGCUCUUGAAAGACAACGGCAUUGAGACCGGCGAUGUUGAUUGUAAGCAGGGAUGCCUCGUUUAUGGAGCUGCAGCUCUUGAUACAGAGCUUGCAGAUCAGUUUUGGGAUAUCGGGUUUCAAGACGUGGAUGACACGGAUGACCAGGGCCUAACUGCUCUGAUAAAACUCAGAUACUCCACUGAUCAUUCAAGAACAACGCCUUUCGGUCACCUUGAGAUGGCGUCGUGGCUCAUUGACAAAGGUACUGAUACUGCUCUCUGUCCCAUCAUAUACGACUUCUUGGCGCUGCAUCUUCUGGGCGCCACCCUCGGCUGGUCCAUAGCUGAGUGGGCUGAGUCAAGUUCUCAACUUACGUCGAGCUACGAGGCCGUGGUGCAUUCGAUAUUUUUGGCCGACUCUCACGAUUCAUGUGACUGUCAUUGCUCCUCCGGUGGAUGCACUCCCCUCACGACGUUUCUUGGUAGGCUUAUCGAUACAGAUCGUGAUGUUGACUUCAUUAGAAGAAGGGCCAUCACCGUCAAGGCAAAUGUGUUUGCAACGCUGCGAUCAAAAAUCCCUGAAACUUUUGAGAGAAAGGUCGUUCAAGAGGUACUUCGAUUCGUUGCAUCCAGGGCCCUAGGACUCACCGAUACGUGCGCCCAUCCUGAAUCUAUAGACUCGGAGACACUUUUAUUCCAGCCCUUCGACCCAGAAGAAGCCAGGGAAGUUCACGAAGAAGAGAGAGAUUCGAUUCAAGAACUGAAAUGCCUUGUUUGA